AUGGCAUAUCGACGACAUUUGACGUAAACAUUAAAAAAAAAAUUUUCCCAAAAUUGCACGGUUUAUUGAAGUGGGAGUGCGCUCUGGUGUCAGUACAGCUGUGAUAGUAAUGUCGCAAUGAAUUUGGUGUACGUAUGUCGUAUAUUAUGCGUCAAACUGACGGCGUGUUAUCAUCAUUCUUUUGUUUUGUAAUUAAAAUCAGUAAGUGUUGUGUAUAAUAUUUGUGUAUGGUUUCAUUAAAAUAAACGUAAAUUAAUAUAGUGUGACGGAAGAUUCGAUUCGAGUUUGAAAACCGGAAGUUGAACACUCACAAUUUAUUAUUGCAACUAUAUGAACAGUUAGAAGUUCAGAACUGGGUCAAUAUGUUCAAAACAGAUUUGAAUGACUUGGAAUCAAAAAAUGUUACUGUUAUAAAUCAAAAAAAUGAAGAAAAUACAUUGAUAUCAUCAGCAGUAUUAAUUACUAAACCUUUACAUAACAAGUCUGAAGAUCAGUCCUGUACAAAUAGUACUGAAAAUCUAAAAGAACAUAAGGUAUUACGCAAACAAAAACAUACUAUAAGGAAAAACUUUAGUAAAGCAUCUAUAUUUAACAAUGUCGCUGUCACCAAUCCAUUUUCCUUAAACAAAAAUGAUGGACAGAAAUGUAACGAUCCAAUUAUUGAUGAGCCAUGCCAAGCACAUUCUGAAAAGCAUAUAGAUCCAUAUAAUUCAUAUGGCUCUAAUAUAAUAUCAGAUACAAUGAAAAUAAAAUUACGUCGCCUGUUAAGCAAACACAAGGAUGGAAUAUUAUGUAAUAACUUUUUGAAUGUUUAUAGUAAUGAGUAUAACAGCCACUUGAAUUUUUUUGAGUAUGGAUUUAGUAGCAUGAAAGAUAUGGCAUGCAAGUUACCAUCUGUAUUUCAUGUAAAAUUAACUGAAGAUGGUAAUCAAUCUAUUCUAUUUAAAGCUUGUGUAAGAACUGAACUAGAAAAUAAACUAAAUGGUUUGUAUGAUCCAUCACUGUUUUAUACCAAUAUACCAAAGACCAUAUUAGAAAAUCUUUCACAGUUUUUUCAUAAGAAUAGAACUGGUGUUAGACUGGACAAAAUGAUGAUAUUAUAUCGCUCAAAAUAUGGCCGAUCUUAUGAACCUUUAAAUUAUGGCUACUCUUCUGAAAAACAUAUGUUUGAAUGUUUAAGCAAAAUGGUAAAAAUAAAAAAUGAUGUGCUGUAUACAGUAGAUCCUUUUGCCUAUACAAAAUUAUCAAAAACAAUAAAGCUGAUUGACACUUCUGAAAAAAAUGCUCUUACCUUACCGGAUAAUGAUUUUCUAUUGGAUUACACGAGUCACGAUAUUUGUAAUGGAAGAUUUAAGUAUUAUAAACUUAAGUUGAAUGAUUUGGAAUUAAUUGAUGUCAUUGUUGCUGAAAUUUACAACCCAAGUUCAUUUUAUAUUCAAUUAGCAAGAGAAGUCGAUAUUCUGAAUAGUUUUAUGGACGACUUGCAAGAGUUUUAUAAUGAAAACGAAGAAAAAUACAAAGUUUUACCAAAAUUAAUUCUUCCAGAAUUGGCAUGUACUUCAUACACUAAAGGUACCAACCUAUGGCACAGGGCUAAAGUUUUAAAAAUAGUUGAUGAAGAAAAUGUACAAUUGUUUUUUGUUGACUAUGGAUCAAUCGCAAUUAUACCAAAACUAAAUAUCAGACUUUUACAAUUAAAAUUUAGCUCUUAUCCUGCUCAGGCAGUAUACUGUGGCUUGUACAAAUGUACUGAGUACAAUUAUUCACGAGAAAUAAGUGAAUCUUUUGCUGAUAUGGUUGAGCACCAAGUGCUUCAAGCGCAAGUUCAUCAAUCAAUUCCUGAAGACGAUUCUAAAACAUUAUUGACAUUAUUUUUAAACACAAAAUAUGAUCAUAUAAAUAUCAAUAAAAGAAUUUCCAAAGUUGCAAGUGUUCAACAAUCGCCAAAACAGAAAUAAAUAUUUUUUAAAGAUAAUCAAGAAAUAAAAUGGAAGAUAGAAUUGAAUUUGGUCAUACAAAAAAUAUUUAUUUUAUUGUUUUGAAAUAUAAUUUUGGUAUACCUAUGUUUAUUUAUUGUGACGCAUUACUUGAAUGCAUUUGACAUGUGAAAAUAAAGAUUUUCAAUAUUAUUUAGAACUAAUUUUGUAAUUCCAAAAUAUUUUUGUAUAAUUUGUACAUUUUAAAUUAACUAAGAUUUAAAUUACGGUUAUUUGUCUCAAUUUUUUUUUUAUAAUGAUACAAAAAUUCAAUGUUAACUGAUAUUCCUAUUUUAAAUACCUAUUAAAAUACCCUAGUUAAUUAUUUGUGCUUCUAAUAAUAUUCUUAAGUU